AUGGCUUCCCUUGCUCGUCGUCCUCCUCUCCUCUUCCCGGCUGUGGCCCGGCACACGGCCACCGUCAUCUUCAUCCACGGCCUUGGCGACACCGGCCAUGGCUGGGCCUCGGCCGUCGAGCAAUGGCGCCGCCGCCAACGCCUUGAUGAGGUCAAGUUCAUCUUGCCUCAUGCGCCUUCGAUUCCCAUCACUGCCAACAUGGGCAUGAAGAUGCCUGGUUGGUACGACAUUGUCGCCAUCGAUGGCAGCGCCGAGUCCCUCCGCCGCAACGAGGACGAGGCCGGCAUCCUGACCAGCCAAGCCUACUUCCACGAUCUGAUCCAGAAGGAGAUCGACUCGGGCAUCCCGGCCGACCGCAUCGUCAUCGGUGGCUUCAGCCAGGGCGGCGCCAUGGGCCUGUUCAGCGGCCUCACUGCCAAGUCCAAGCUGGCCGGCAUUGUCGCCUUGUCCACGUAUCUCCUCCUCAGCCUCAAGUUUGCCGAGCUCGUGCCCAAGCCCGAGUUCAACAAGGAGACGCCCAUCUUCAUGGCCCAUGGCACUGCUGAUCCGGUUGUCAACUAUAAGCUGGGUACGAUGAGCCGCGACUUGCUCAAGGAGAUGGGGUACAAUGUCAAGUUCGAGACCUAUCCGGGCAUGGGUCACUCUGCUUGCCUGGAGGAAUUGGAUGCGGUCGAAGAUUUCUUGACCGAGAGACUGCCCAAGGUGGCUGAUAAGUCGGAGAAGUCUGAGCUAUAG